GUUUUGUUCGGUGUGAAUAAAAGGAUCUUCCGUGCUUCGAAUUAUCGGAAAUGGAGGAAAUAAUUAAAAAGAGUGUGAACGAGCUGCUAGCUAUUUGUCCCCGCAAGACAUUCUUCGAUCGGUGCACGUGGAUUCAAAAGGAACCACUAGUUUCUAGGGUGAUACAAUCAACUGUUGAUUCUUUGGAGCCCGGCUGGUGCGCGAGUGCGAUAAACAUGCCGCAAAAUUUGAUAAAAAUUGGUUUAAUUUAUGAUACCGUGUACAAUCAGUUACACACCGGCCAGUGGAAAGAGGUUGAACCGGAGAAAAGGGAGCUCUUUACAAUCCUCUCCUUUCUAAGGAUUGUACACAUUUUACUCGUUUCCAAAGACGUACUGCAAUCAUUAAAGGAUGGAAUAUAUCUGGCUGAUUUGGGUUUGAUGUUGGGAUCGUCGGUGGCGUCCACUACCACUAAUUCACCCUCUGAUCUUCUCACUGAAUCGGCAUCGAUAUUGUCGACAAACCUAUCCCAAUUUAAUGCACAGGAACCGCCUCUAAAACGCAUCAAAAUAGAAGAAUGUGAGACUGCAACCAAAGAUUCGGGAAUUAGUUGCGACGUGCCAGUACUGGAAUGUCCUUCUUUGGAUUACUUUGGGAAAAAUUGUUACGGUCCCCAACAGCCGGCACUGCUUCGGAAAAUAAUGAAUGACUGGCCAGCGAUGAACCGCUGGCAUGAUCUUAAUUACUUGCUAAGGGUCGCCGGCGAACGAACCGUGCCGGUGGAAACCGGCUCACAGUACAGCAACGAUGACUGGUCGCAAAAGCUCAUGAAGUUCGGAGAGUUUCUUAUGCAAAGUGUAGCCACCGAUCGAAACCAGGCAAACGAUCCGGUCUCCUAUCUGGCACAGCACGAUUUGUUCGAUCAAAUUCCUGCGCUUCGGCGGGAUAUCAUCGUACCGGACUAUAUCGGGUGCACCGAUAUUGCCCCCCGCAUCCGAGCAUGGUUGGGGCCAAAGGGCACGGUUUCGCCAUUGCACACCGACCCCUGCCACAAUCUGCUGUGCCAGGUUUUUGGCAGUAAGACCAUCAUUCUCGCACGGCCGGAAGAUACGGACAAGCUGUACCCCCACGAGCACUUCAUACUGAACAACACAUCGCGCGUCGAUGCUCGCCAACCGGACUACGAGCGGUUUCCGCUGCUGCGGGAGGUGCGGUUCUACCGGGUGACGUUGCGCCGGGGCGAGGUCCUGUACAUACCGCCAAAGUGGUGGCACUAUGUGGAAUCACUGUCACCGAGCUUCUCGGUUAGCUUUUGGUUUGAAUGAUUCAUGCUGAUUGCUGAUGGUGUCCUGAUGCGGCAGCUGACACCGCGACCGCAGCGGUUGGCUGCUGCGUGUACCGUAAACGAGAACCGAAAUAAACACUUAUCAAAUCAAUCCCCGCUCAGAGACCCUCUAGAAACCGAUCUCCACCCCCGGUGGCCCAUGUGGCGGACGAAUAUCAAGCGGACAAACAAACGAAGUGUGUGCCGGAUGGAGUGAACCGAGUGAGCACAUGCGCGAUGGUACAGCAUCCUUGCGAUGCUGCUUCGCCCGAAUCCCUCGUCGUUGACGAAGCGUACAGUGGACAACAAGAAAUGUAUAUACUCGAUGCUUCAUGUCCAAUAAAUGGCAAG